AUGGCAAUCUCCAUGAAAGCUUUGGUUGUUGUUGGUCUUGUAGUGGUAGGCCUCAUCUCUAUGGCUUCGGCUGGACCCGGUAUCGCCACUUUCUACACAGAAUAUGUUCCAUCGGCAUGUUAUGGAUUUGAAGACCAAGGAGUGAUGAUAGCAGCAGCAAGUCCUAAAAUAUACAACGAUGGUGCUGCAUGUGGAAGGAUGUACAAUGUCAGAUGCACUGGUCCUACAAACCAAGGUAUACCUCAACCUUGCAGAGGCAAUGGCUUCACUGUGAAAGUUGUGGAUCUUUGUCCUGGAUGUCAAGGAUCGGCCCUUGAUCUCUCUCAAGAGGCUUUCUCUCAGAUUGCCGACCCAGAUGCCGGAAGAAUCCACAUCGAAUUCAAUUAG